GGUAUACCAUAGUCGGUUUGAGUUCUGAUGCAAUUUUAGUCCUGUUUACACCUUGGAUUAUUGUACAUAUACCUAUAAGAAACCAAUCUGUCGAGUUUAGUAUCGGAUUUAUUAUUUAAAAGGUCAGACAAAGAAUAAAUUAGUCAAAAGAAUUUUGGCAAGCGUUGUGGUAUAACAGUGAAAAGUUUCAAUCAAAUAUGAGAGAGAGUGAGAUUAUUUGGAAUCCCAAACUAAUGCCUGGAGGAAACUACAUCAAAAUCGGUAGAGAUUCUGCAAAAAGUACCUACCUACUUUUCGCGCCGCCAGAAGAAGAAGUUGGAGUUUUAGCCAAAUAUUUGAAUAUUUUCAAAAAACACCAUGUCAAUUUGUUACAUAUUGAAUCCAGACCGUCCACUAAAAUGCCCGACUUGUGCGAAUUUAUGGUCGAAUGUGCCCCGUCUGGAAACUUGGGCGGUGCUAUUGAAGAUAUCAAAAGUAACAGUCAAUAUUUGCAGAUUAUAUCCAGAGAUUAUAAGGAUAAUAAAGAUACAGUUCCAUGGUUUCCAAGACGUAUCAGAGAUCUGGAUCGAUUUGCCAAUCAGAUUUUGUCAUACGGUGCAGAACUAGAUUCCGACCACCCCGGUUUUACCGAUCCAGUAUACAGAGAAAGGAGGAAGUACUUUGCCGACAUUGCUUACAACUAUAGACACGGUCAAAAGCUACCUCACGUAGAUUACACCCAAGAAGAAAUUGAUACAUGGAGUAAAGUUUUUACCCAAUUAAAAACCCUAUACGCAACACAUGCCUGUAAAGAACACAACCACGUAUUCCCGCUUCUAGAAGAAAACUGCGGAUACCGCGAAGACAAUAUUCCACAGUUAGAAGAUGUUUCAAAUUUCUUAAGAGAUUGUACUGGUUUUACACUGCGUCCAGUAGCCGGUCUACUUUCGUCCAGAGAUUUUCUAGCUGGAUUGGCAUUUCGAGUAUUCCAUUCCACUCAAUACAUCAGACAUCCAAGUAAACCGUUCUACACUCCAGAACCUGAUGUAUGCCACGAACUUCUUGGACACGCACCUUUGUUUGCUGAUCCCGAUUUUGCACAGUUUUCCCAGGAAAUUGGUUUGGCCUCAUUGGGUGCUCCUGAUGAUUAUAUCGAGAAACUGGCAACGUGUUUCUGGUUCACAGUAGAAUUUGGCGUUUGCCGAGAACCUGACGGUCUAAAAGCUUACGGAGCUGGACUUUUAUCAUCAUACGGUGAACUUCAGUAUUGUCUGGAAGACAAGCCAGAAUACAGAGCAUUUGAACCUGCCAAAACAGCAAUCCAAAAGUAUCCAAUUACAGAAUACCAACCCAUAUAUUUUGUUGCUGAAAGUUUUGAGGACGCCAAAGAAAAAAUGAUAAAAUAUGCAGCAACAAUUCCAAGACCUUUUGGUGUAAGGUACAAUGCUUAUACGCAGAGUAUUGAAGUUUUGGAUUCCAAGCCCCAAAUUCAACGUUUGGUUAGCAAUAUUGGUUCUGAGAUGUCCAUAUUAAUAGAUUCACUCAAGAAACUAUAGAAUUUUUUUUUCUUGUAUUUAAUGUUUUAUGUUUAUUCAUUUAUUAGCUUUUAUACACGUUAUUUAUGUUAUUUAGAAUUAAUUAUUAAGUAGGUAGGUUGAUGAUUUUCUUGAUGCACUUAAGGAAUUAAAAUUUAACCAUUUGAAAUAA